UAGUACUCCUUUGGGUUUAGGCAGGAGAACUGGCGAAGAUAAGGUAAGGAGGUGAUAAUUUGACAUACCACAACCAUCACCAUGCUCUCAUUCCCUUCCCAUUUCACCACUCACUCCAACGGAGGACCCAAAAUUCGUAGGAAAGAUGCACCUUUUGAAGAUGAUGACGCAGAAACAGGAAAAUUGAAUAAAGGGUUUAAGAAUGAAAAUGGUGAGAAAGAAAGAAAUCUUGAUUAUAGGACAAAGAUGAAUAGUUCGAGUCAUAGUAUAGAGCCGAAAUCUGAUAACUGUAGUGGAGGGAUUAGCAAUAAGAUAAUUAGGUCUAAUUCAAAGGGUAGCCGUGGUGGGAGUGUUGUAGAGAGGGGAGCCAAUUAUGGGUUAUAUUCUUCAAAGAUGUCCGAAGAAGAGGGUUUUGGUAGAAGAGAAAGAGAUCAUAAUAGAAAGGGUAAAACCCUUGGCGGUGAUAGUUUUGUAGACAGAAAAAAACCUAUGGAUCGUGGUCCUGGUAAAAGAUAUAGUGAAAUUGAGAGUUUGACGAAUAGAAAUGGACGGAUGAAUGUCAAAUCAAAUGGAAGUAGUAGUUCGAAUGGUGGCCGUGGUGAGAGUGUUGCAGAGAGGGAGGUCAAUUAUGGUUUAUAUUCUUCAAAGAUGUCAGAAGAAGAGGGUUUUGGUAGAAGAGAAAGAGAUCAUAGUAGAAAGGGUGCAACCCUUGGUAGUGAUAGUUUUGUAGAUAGAAAAAAACCUAUGGAUGGUGGUCCUGGUAAAAGGUAUCGUGAAAUUGAGAGUUUGACGAAUAGUAAUGGACGGAUGAAUGUAAAACCGAAUGGAAGUAGUAAGCGUUUUGUUAAUAGGGGUUAUGAUUCGGACAAUUUGGAGGUGGAACGAGCAGCAUUUAAGAAUCUUGAGGGCCCUAACAAUGUUAUAAGUAAGGCUCACUUUUCGCAUAAAGAUAGUUUUGUAGAUAGAAAAAAAGCUAUGGAUAGUGGUCCUGGUAAAAGGUAUAGUGAAAUUCAGAGUUUGAUUAAUACAAAUGGACGGAUGAAUGUUAAAUCGAAUGGAAGUAGUAAGCGUUUUCUUAAUAGGGGUUAUGAUUCAGACAAUUUGAAGGUGGAACGAGCAGCGUUUAAGAAUCUUGAGGACCCGAACAAUGUUAUCAGUAAGGCUCACUUUUCACAUAAAGAAUUGGAGGAGAGAAUCCAGAAGCUAGCUAAACAGUAUGUUAUUUAUUCAUUCUUUCAUGGUUUUGGGAUAUCUGAAUUGGAAAAAAUAACGCACUCGGGAAUUCAGCGUAUACAUAUAUAUUUUUACACUGAAUUUUAUUUUGUUUUCUGAACAAAGUUUUAUGAAAAUGCUGCCUCAAUUGAAGCAAUCUUCAAAUGAUGCUAAAUACCUAAAGCUGCAUGCUUCAAUACUUUGAGCUGAGAUAUAUGAUUGUUUGGCUCUUCAUACUCAUUUACUUUUGUUGAUGUAAAUUUAUUCUUACAGGAGCUUCCUCACAUUGCACUUUAGUGGUUUUCCAUAUAUAUAAAUUGGACUUCUGGAGUUGAACCAGUGUCCUACAAGUCAAUGUAGGAAGGACAAGUUUUUGCCUCAGCUGAAACUUAAUAUGAAGUUCCUUUACAUUAAAUGUGACUUUCAAGUUGGUGUUCUCUAGAUUUAUAAUCUCAGUGUAGCUGACAUGGAUUCAACAAACAAUGUAUUUGCAUUAGAAAGCAAACGGGAAGUAACCAAUACUAGGUGAACAUUUGUAUCCUAAAUUUUGGUAUAUAAACUCAUUCAAAAAUGUAAUGAAAGUAUUUCAUUAAAUGCAUCUCAUGCAAGUU